AUGGAGGUCCCGGAGGACGCAUUACCCAACUAUUUAUCGACUAUGAAAAAAGCAAACGAGAGAAAGGAUUUUGACCUGCUCAUCAAGCCCGAAGAUAGCCGAUAUUUUCCGACUCUAUUCGCAAUUGCUUCCGAAAUAGCAUAUGAGAGAAAACCGUUCAUAGAAGAUGUUGUUCAAAAACAGUGGAAGAUGAAGCUAUUGGAAGCGAAAGAUUUUUGGAAUG